AUGUUUAUACGAGGCUCAGCACGACACUGGACGCUGCCAUCUACCGCCCUGCUUUACGGGUGGCAGGCUUUGAAAUAUACAAACCGGAGUUAUGCGUCCCAGCGAACUUUAAAUGAAGUGGUGAUAGCAAGUGCUGUAAGGACACCUAUUGGAUCUUUCCAGGGAUCUCUCUCAUCAUUGCCAGCCACUAAACUUGGUUCUGUUGCAAUCAAAGGAGCAAUUGAAAGAGCAAGCAUCCCUGCAGAGGAAGUGAAAGAAGUGUACAUGGGUAAUGUCCUGCAGGCUGGACAGGGGCAAGCUCCAGCAAGGCAAGCUGUAUUGGGUGCAGGUUUACCAAUCUCAACUCCUACUACAACUAUCAAUAAAGUUUGUGCUUCAGGAAUGAAAUCAAUCAUGAUGGCAGCACAGAGCCUAAUGUGUGGGAAUCAGGAUGUAAUGGUGGCUGGUGGCAUGGAGAGCAUGUCUAAUGUUCCCUAUGCAAUGAUCAGAGGAACUACACCUUAUGGAGGAGUAAAGUUGGAAGACUUGAUUGUGAAAGAUGGGCUGACUGAUGUUUACAACAGCAUCCAUAUGGGUAAUUGUGCCGAGAAUACUGCCAAGAAGCUUACCAUUUCACGUGAGGAGCAAGACACUUAUGCCAUUAGCUCUUACACAAGGAGCAAAACAGCUUGGGAAUCGGGACUACUGGCAAAGGAAAUUGUUCCUGUCUCUGUUUCACAAAAAGGGAAGCCAGAUAUAGAAAUGAAAGAAGAUGAAGAGUACAGGCGUGUUGAUUUCAGUAAAGUUCCAAAACUGAAGACUGUUUUUCAAAAAGAAAAUGGGACGGUCACAGCUGCCAAUGCCAGCACGUUGAAUGAUGGAGCAGCUGCUUUGGUUGUGAUGACUACAGAUGCAGCCAGGAGACUUAAUGUCACACCGCUGGCGCGAAUAGUAGCUUUUGCAGAUGCUGCUGUAGCUCCGAUUGACUUCCCAAUUGCACCUGCGUAUGCUGUUCCUAAGGUUCUCAGCGAGGCAGGUCUGAAAAAGGAAGAUGUUGAGAUGUGGGAAAUCAACGAAGCGUUCAGUGUCGUGGUCUUGGCCAAUAUCAAAAUGCUCGGUAUUGAUCCUCAGAAGGUGAACAUACAUGGAGGGGCUGUCUCUCUGGGACAUCCAAUAGGAAUGUCUGGCGCAAGAAUCGUGGCACACAUGGUCCAUGCACUGAAGCAAGGACAGCAUGGUCUUGCAGGCAUUUGCAAUGGAGGAGGUGGAGCUUCUGCUAUACUGAUCCAAAAGCUGUAGAUGGCGGUCUGAAAUGUUAGGCCUUAAACUUAGUAAUAAUCAAGUAUCUUAAAUGGUGGCUGUUACAUUUUAUUUAAGAAUUUGCAGACUACAUAAACCUCUGGCAGCUGCAGCUUAAGUAUUUCUUCAGAGCAAGUCAGAAAUACUGACAUCUGUUUUUUAUUACUUCAGUCUGAACAAAAAUGUGUCUAAUUAUGGAAAAAAAAUACAAACUGUCAGAAGCCAAUAAAGGUUGUAUCCUUACGCUGA